AUGUUCGAGAACUUUGAUGAAAAAGAGGAUGUGUCCAACUGUAUCCAGUUGAAAGCCUCAGUUGUUAAGGGUAUUAAGAACCAAUUGAUAGAGCAAUUCCCAGGUAAUGAACCAUGGCUUAACCAAAUCAUGCCUAAGAAAGGCCGAGUGAAAACAGUAAGAUGCCACGGACAUAUGGAAAUCCUGACAGUCAAUGGAGAGCUGUUAAUUUUUAGGCAAGGAGAAGGACCUUUUGAUCCAACCUUAAGGUUACUUCACAAAUAUUCCUUUAUAUUAUCACAUCAGCAAGUUGGUAAAGGAGCCAUCAAAUCUGGACUCAGCAGAGCAAGUAUCACGUGUCCAGCCUUAACGUGUCCUGGGGCCAAGCUGUACCCUGCUGCAGUCGACACGGUUGUUGCAGCAAUGGCGGAAGGAAAGCAGCACGCUCUGAGUGUUGCUCGCAUGAAGAUGUUUGCAGAGGACACUGCGAAAGCCAACAAAGGAAUUGGCAUAGAAAAUAUCCACUAUUUAAAGGAUGGGCUGUGGCCGAUGGUCUUCAGAAGGAAUGCACUUGCGCGAAACAUGAAUAUUGUUCUGUUCUUCUGUGUUUGCUCUCUGUAUGACAUGAAGACACGGUCUCUGGUUAGGCUGAAUACAUUUCACAGGUGCUAA